CAGGGAACGUGUCACGUAAGCGGGAACGUGCCCCCCUCCCUCUCUUCUCCUCAACGGCGGCGGCAAUAGUAGAGCGAGUUCGGAGCUAUGCCUCGGCCAGGAAUGGAUGAACGCUGGCCAUCUUCAGAAGAUGGUAAUUGUUGGACUUCAGAAGAAACAGGUCCUGAACCUAAGGAACCUGAACAGUUCAGGAAGCUGUUUAUUGGUGGCCUGAGUUUUGAGACAACAGAUGACAGCCUGAGGGAACACUUUGAACAAUGGGGAAAGCUAACAGACUGUGUGGUUAUGAGAGACCCACAAACAAAACGCUCCAGGGGCUUUGGCUUUGUGACAUAUUCAUGUGUGGAAGAAGUUGAUGCUGCAAUGUGUGCUCGUCCACAUAAAGUCGAUGGCCGUGUUGUUGAGCCUAAAAGAGCAGUUUCCAGAGAGGAUUCGGUCAAGCCUGGUGCUCACCUUACUGUGAAGAAAAUAUUUGUUGGUGGCAUUAAAGAAGACACAGAAGAAUACCAUUUGAGAGAAUAUUUUGAGGCAUAUGGCAAAAUUGAAACCAUUGAGGUGAUGGAAGACCGUCAGUCUGGAAAGAAAAGGGGAUUUGCUUUUGUCACUUUUGAUGAUCAUGAUACAGUCGACAAAAUUGUUGUUCAGAAAUAUCACACAAUCAACAAUCACAACUGUGAGGUUAAAAAAGCUCUGUCUAAACAAGAGAUGCAAACUGCAAGCACCCAAAGAGGACGUGGAGGGGGUGGAAGCAACUUUGUGGGUAGAGGUGGAAAUUACGGAAGCAGUGGAGGAAGCUUUGGAAGAGGUGGCGGCAGUGGUGGUGGUGGCGGAGGUGGCUUUGGGAACAGAGGUGGUUAUGGUGGUGGUAGAGGUGGCUAUGGUGGAGGAGAUGGAUACAAUGGCUUUGGCGGAGAUGGGCCUGGCAACUAUGGUGGUAGCCCUGGUUAUGGUGGUGGUGGCAGGGGCUAUGGAGGUAGCCCAGGGUAUGGAAACCAAGGUGGCGGGUAUGGCGGUGGUAGUGGCGGUGGAUAUGAUGGUUACAACGAAGGAGGAAACUUUGGCGGUGGUGGGAGCUACAAUGACUUUGGAAAUUACGGGGGUCAGCAGCAAUCCAGUUAUGGACCCAUGAAGGGAGGUGGUGGCAGCUUCAGUGGAAGGAGCUCUGGAACUGGUGGCGGCCCCUAUGGUGGUGGUUACGGAUCUGGUGGAGGAGGUGGUGGCGGUAGCGGCGGAUAUGGAAGCAGGAGGUUUUGAGUCUGCAGUAGAUACAGGCUACAGUUCUUAGCAAGAGAGCGAGGAUUUGUCAGGAAAGCUGCAGGUUACUUUGAGACAGUCGUCCAUGUGCAUUAGAGGAACUGUAAAAUCUACUACAGGAGCAGCGAGGAUCCAUAGUCAGAAAAGUUACCGCAGCUUAUACAGGAGGCAUUUCUUGUUAAGGACUGGAAUAGUUGCAGUUUUUUUUUUUUUCCCCCCCAUCAGUGCAGCUGAUGAUUAAUGAAAUGUAGUGUUGAUUUAGAUGUACAUUCCUGAGGUCUUUAUAUCUGUUGUAGUAUGUUUCCCAUUUCCCCAUGAUGUCAAGUAUAUUUCCCUAUCCUUUGUUCUAGUGAUACCAGGAAUAAAGAAUUAAGGAAUUUUUAAAUUUUAAACAGUUUUUUUUGUGUAGUCUAGCGACCCCUGCCUAUCAGGGUUCAAUGUAUUGCUCAACAAAAAUAAACUUUCUUUAGUAUUUUUGAUGAGCUAGUGUCAGGUUUUAGAAAAUCAUAGUGGUAUACCUGGAACCCUUUAAAGGCGCAAGCUUAUUGACAGAAAGUGAACAAAAGGUGUUACCAAAUGUCCCUGUCUAUCGCUAAUCACAUUAGUCAGCGGGUGCCAUUAUGAUGCAAGUAAAAUAGAUGUGAAGGGCUGUCGGGCCUUGAAAAACUUGCUUGGUUUUUAACAUUGAGAAAGCUGUUGGUUAUGUUUAGUCCAAGCACAUUCAGACCUGGAGCUGCCCAGUCUCCUCCCCAUUCGCCAUUCUUGGCACAGGGCUUCUGUAGCCUUCAACGUCUAGGUAUAUCCCAUGAAGCUGGUAUUUGAGUCAGCACAAGGCAUCAGGAGGAGAACCUCACCACUUUCCAUUUUGUACUAUAAUUCAGAUCAUGGUAGUCUCUAAUUUUGUUGCUGUAGCUAAAAUGAUUUAGUAAUGUGAUUUGAAGAAGUUUAUUAUAGUUUAGUGUUUUUUAUUUUGUGGUCAUUUCUCUAUCUAAAUUGACAUUACCUGCCAAGGCAAUAUAACUUGCCACUUAGAAGUGGCCAACUGCCUUUGUAUGACCUUGUUUAGCGAAUUUGAAUGUUUACAUUCUAUACCAGCUUGAGGCUUCUGUCCAUGUAUGUUUUCUAAUAAAAACUGGCGUGUAUCUGUAAA